AUGCAGACGGAAGGGGCAGAGCCAGGGGCAUUACACAGUGACAGAGCACGGGAUUGCGGUGAGUUCAGUUCGUUCUGUCCGGGAUCUGAUCGGUUUGUGUCCUUCUUCAAUCUCCGGAUCCUCACAAUGUCCUCCUAUGUGCAACGAUGGAUUUUCCUUUCUUGCGGACGGAGGGGCAAUUAAAGCUGCGAUCCUUUGCCUGAAUCAGCUGGGGGGAUUCUCUGCCUCUGCACAAGCUUCUCCUUGGGGGUCGCCGCCGCCGCCGCUCCUCUGUUGCAGCUACACAGGGGGAUCCCCUCUCAAGGUCUCCAUUAAAGGAAGGGCUUCUCCCAGUCUUAUCCCAUAGCUGCUGCUGCUUGUGGAUUGUGUCCCUAUUGAUUGUGGAUUGAUCUGAAACAUGGAGGCUGUUAUAGAGAAGGAAUGCAGCGCCCUGGGGGGACUCUUCCAGACCAUCAUCAGUGACAUGAAGGGAAGUUAUCCAAUCUGGGAAGACUUUAUAAACAAAGCAGGAAAGCUUCAGUCGCAGCUCCGGACCACAGUGGUUGCGGCUGCAGCAUUCUUGGAUGCAUUUCAAAAGGUAGCCGACAUGGCCACCAACACUCGAGGUGCCACCAGGGAAGUGGGUUCUGCCCUCACCAGGAUGUGUAUGCGGCACCGCAGUAUCGAGUCCAAGCUCAGGCAGUUCUCCAGUGCUCUGAUUGACUGUCUGAUCAACCCACUGCAAGAGCAGAUGGAAGAGUGGAAGAAGGUCGCUAACCAGCUGGAUAAAGAUCACGCAAAGGAAUACAAAAAGGCACGACAGGAGAUCAAAAAGAAGUCAUCGGACACACUGAAACUGCAGAAGAAAGCCAAGAAAGGGAGAGGAGAUAUACAGCCGCAGCUGGACAGUGCCCUGCAAGAUGUCAAUGACAAGUACCUUCUCCUGGAAGAGACAGAGAAGCAGGCAGUGAGGAAGGCGCUGAUCGAGGAGCGCAGCCGAUUCUGCUCCUUUAUAUCCAUGCUGAGGCCCGUCAUUGAGGAGGAAAUCUCCAUGCUAGGUGAGAUAACCCAUCUACAGACCAUAUCAGAGGACCUGAAAAUGCUCACCAUGGAUCCUCACAAACUGCCUUCUGCAAGUGAACAGGUGAUCCAUGAUUUGAAAGGCUCCGACUACACUUGGUCUUACCAAACUCCACCAUCUUCCCCAAGUACGACCAUGUCUCGGAAAUCCAGUGUCUGCAGCAGUCUGAACAGUGUAAACAGUAGUGACUCCCGAUCCAGUGGUUCUCAUUCCCACUCACCCACUUCACACUAUCGCUAUCGCAGCUCCAAUCUGCCCCAGCAGCCCCCCAUGCGGCUGUCCAGUGUCUCGUCCCAUGAUUCCGGAUUCAUUUCUCAGGACGCCUUUCAGUCAAAGUCUCCGUCCCCCAUGCCUCCCGAAGCUGUCAAUCAGAAUUCGUCCAGCUCUGGUUCCUCAGAAGCCUCCGAAACCUGCCAGUCCGUGAGCGAGUGCAGCUCCCCCACUUCUGUGAGUUCCGGUUCUACCAUGGGAGCGUGGGCUUCUACUGACAAGUUAUCUAAUGGGUAUAACCAGUAUAGUCUGCCCAGUGAUAUGGCGCCUGUCAGUGCAGGUCCUUCCUCUCAUUUCCCGCUUCCCGUCUCCCGCCCCUGGACCCGCUCUAGCUCCACCCUCCCAGAAUGUCAUCACUAUUACACCAUUGGGCCAGGCAUGUGUCUUUCAUCUAAGGUCCCCAGCUGGAAGGACUGGGCUAAACCAGGUCCAUAUGACCAGCCAAUGGCGAACACCCUUCAGCGACGCAAACGUGAGGCUGACCCAUCAGGAGGAGCUUUAAUUACUACUCCAGGACACCUCGAUGAGCCUUCAGUUCCCAGGAACAUCCCAGUACCUGCAGCAUUCAGGCAAGGAGAAGAAGCGGAGGCAACUAAUGAAGAGCUAGCCCUUGCGCUGAGCAGAGGUUUGCAACUGGACACCCAGAGGAGUAGCAGGGAUUCUCUGCAGUGUUCUAGUGGAUAUAGCACCCAGACUACUACACCCUGCUACUCAGAGGACACUAUCCCCUCCCAAGUUUCAGAUUAUGAUUACUUUUCUGUGAGUGGCGACCAGGAGGGGGAGCAGCAAGAUUUUGACAAGUCCUCCACCAUCCCAAGAAACAGCGACAUCAGCCAGUCCUACAGGAGGAUGUUCCAAGCAAAGAGGCCAGCCUCAACAGCAGGUCUGCCAGCCACCUUCGGCCCGGUUAUAGUCACUCCUGGCGUGGCUACCAUCAGAAGGACCCCAUCCACAAAACCAUCUGUUAGGCGUGGAACCAUGGGAGGAGGUCCUAUUCCAAUAAAAACACCGGUUAUUCCAGUUAAAACACCUACAGUGCCCGAUCUCCCAGGUGGGCUUCCUAGAAGCCCAAGUGAAGAUUACGGAGAGCAAAGUCCUGAUUCUCCGUGUGCUACAGAAAGUGCGACAUUGACCAGUGACAUGCCUUCUUCUCUGUGGAGUGGCCAAGCCACAGUCAAUCCUCCUGUUCCAGGAACACAAGGUCCUGUUCUGGAAGAACAAAGGCAAACAAGGCCAGAAAACGAGGAGGAGGAAGGAGAUCAGGUCAACUCGCCUACAGCUGAUCCUAUGGCCCAAGCAGACCCAGAACCUGGGGAGGCAAUCCAAGGAGAGAACAUGCUGUACGCAAUUCGCCGUGGAGUCAAACUGAAGAGAACCACCACAAAUGAUCGUUCAGCUCCUCGGCUGGCCUAGAUAUGGGACGAUACCAAGAAGAGGGAGCAUUGGUCAAGAAAUAAGAAACUUCACCCUGACACUUAUUUGUCUUUUAUCCAUUCCAGUGUGUGAUUGAAAUACUGGGGCCGGCCAAAACCCAACGGAGUAAACUGUAGUAAAGUAAACUGUAGCAUUACCACAAACAGGACUGCGUAGAGAAGCAGCGUUAAUAUAUGUCCUUGUAUCUGUUCUGUAAAUAGUGAUCUUCUUUCUGCACAUUCUUAAUCCCUCCGAGCUAGUUUCUUCCUUACAGAAUUUCUUUUUUUUUUUUUACAACGUUUCCAUAAGGUGCCAAAUUCCCAUUUGAAUUUUAUAUGUAAGUCUUUGUAAAUUUGAAAAA